AUUAGGGUUGGCUGGACAUGUGCCAGGUGGAGCUGGAGGCAGUGGAGGUGGAGGCAGCAGCAUCUGGGUCCCUUUCUCUGAACUCAUUUGAUCAGGAUGAUGAAGCCGAGACCGGGGGGGAGCCGUGAGGCCCGCCGCCUCCGGAAAAAGGCCCAAGGGAUGGACCCGGCCCAAGUCCUGGAGUGGAUGAAAGCCGCCCACCGGGAGAGCCAGCAACAACAGACAGCCCUAAUCCAACAACUAUCUACGCAACAUCAGGAACACCAGCGGCAGUUACUGAAAGAGUUAGCCGAGCAAUUUAAGGAACAGACCAGGCUCUCGAUGGCUCAGAUCCCGGCGGCAGCGGCACGAGAGGACGACUCGGAAGAGAUGGGAGAGGCAGGACCCCGUCCGAGUAUCCGGCUGACCAAGAUGGGAGCCACCGACGAUCCAGAGGCCUACUUAACGACCUUUGAACGGGUGGCGACGACGGCAAGGUGGCCGGAGAGCCACUGGGCGACUAUCUUGGCCCCUUACCUAACGGGCCAGGCCCAAUUAGCGUAUCGUAGCCUCAGUGAUAGAGACGCGCUACAUUAUUAUAAGGUGAAGGAAGCUAUCCUAGACCAGAUGGGGAUCACGCCGGAGACAUAUCGACAGAAGUUUAGGGGUGAGCAAUACUCCCCCGGGACACGGCCCCGGGUUGUAGCGCAACGCCUGCGAGAGGCGGCAUGGAGAUGGCUGGACCCCGAGCAACGCACCGGUCCGCAAGUGGCCGAGCUCGUGGUCCUCGAACAGUUCAUCAAUAUUUUACCCAGUGGGGGGGCCCGCUGGGUACGAAGACACCACCCCUCUACGUUGAGCGAAGCAAUAGAACUAAUGAAUGACUACGAAGCCGCCGAGGGGGAAGUCCCGAAAGGAACAAUAAGUGGGACGCUGGCAGAGGACCGAUCAGGCGACCAUUGGCGCCGUCCUGGUCACUACCGCCGCGGGAAGGCCAACGAGAGGGAGGUGGACGUGCGAUGGGACCUGGCGUAA